GAGUGGCAAUAUUCCUGGUUAGCGGUCAAUACGGGAAGGUUAUCUGAGGUGGGUGUCUCGAGCGAGUGAAUGAGAGAGAGAGAGAGAGAGAGAGCGAGGCUUUAGUGAGACUCUCGCACUGUUGCAUCGAAGUGGUAGGCGAAGAAGAGGAGGAAAGAAGGCAGAAGGGAAGGCUUGAGGUGCGCUGCAAGAACUUCGACGGCUGGUGUUGCUGCGUCUGCUGCUGUUGCGUCUUAUACACGUCGAGAAACAAAGCGAGGUGACAGUGUGAUCGCGUCAAGGUCAAGGCCAAGGUCAAGAGGAGGAGGCAGCAGAAGGAAGGAAGGAACCAUGCCCGUGAUCUUCAAGACGUGCGCGAAGCAGAGUCACGGCGACGAGGCCGCGGGAGGCAGCGAGGAGGAGGACAUGUCUCGCCUGGUGAAGCAAGUUAGCAUCGAGAGCCCGACACACAAGCUCAAGGAAUGCAUCUUCAACUUCGAGACGCCCAUGCCGGACACGCCCCCCGCUGGCGCCCGGGUCAAGGUUCGUAAUGCUGGGGUGUGCUAUCGGCUCCGCUCCGCCUCCUCGUCCUCAUCCAUCAAAUCUGUGGAGGCCCUGCACUGCGGAUCGCCUCUCCACCACUCCGUCAGGGACACAUCACUCUUCCCGGGAUAUGAGGUUGCAGGAACCGUUGAUGCGCUUGGUGAGGAGGUGGGUGAGACAGAGCUUCAGGUAGGGGACAGGGUCAUCGUGUACCCCUACGUGGGACAUCCCCCAGGGUAUGCUGAGUACAUAGCAGUGCCUGAAGUGCAGUACCUCAUCAAGGUGCCGGAGAACUUGAGCCUCAGCACGGCCGCCAUGCUGCCCUCAGGAGCACUCUGGGCCAUGAACACUGUCUUCAGCGCCCACAACCACGUGGAGAAGGUGCUGGCUGAGAAGGGAGAGACGGGUCAGUGCAAGCUGCUGCUGGUGGGGACGGGCGGCCUGGCUCUCUGGGCCAUGAGGAUUGCCCGCUUCUACUGGCCGGAGAAAAGGGAGCGAAUCAACAUCAACGUGGCGUGUCUCCGGGACGAGGGAAUCUCCAUCGCACACGAGUACUUGAAGGUCAACGUGGUGCAGUGGAACGAGGACCUGUAUGAGGAGCAGCUGGUGGAGCGGACCAAGGACGCUUGCGGAGGACCAGUAGACAUUGUUAUUGAUUUCAGCGCCACCUCCAGGUCCAUACGGCGUGCCCUCAAGUGUCUGGCGCCUGGCGGUGUUCUGCUCCUGAGCUCGGAGCAUUCUGAAGGUCUUCUGUCCCGCUUCGGCCCUGUGGCAGAGAAGGAGAACCACCAACUCAUCCCUAUUGAGUUUGGAACCCUCAACCAGCUGAAGAACCUUGUGCACCUGGUGUCCACAGGCGAGAUCGAGCCUCCACCACACACCAUAUUCUCGGCCGACCAAGCCAACGAGGCGCUGGCCAAGAUCGGCCGAGGCAUCAUCCCGGGCCGGGCCAUCCUGGAGUUCCCUGAGGUGGACGAGGAGUCAGAGGAAUAGAAUCAGAGUGGGUACUAAUCUUGUGACGUAGAUGAGGAGCCGGAAGAGUGGCGUCCCUCCCUGCCAGACGUCAUCUCCUGCAUACAUCAAAAAGAGGGCUGUGCAGUGUCCCGGAAGUGUUGCCACGAGGGUGUGUGUUCCAUAGGGCGUGACGUGACGAACACUUCCGAGAACAUCCUGGAAGUGUUGCUACGAUGCAAUGCUGCGCUGCUGUGUGUUCCGAUGUCACUCUGUCUGGCAUUCUUGUAGGGAGUCUUAGCUGGCGCGACACACAACACAAACACUGGCUGCAACACUGACCCUGACUGUCUAUCUCUUUAGUCUGAGGCAGGGGAGGGGACAGAGGAGGAAGAGAGGUAGGGUGGCAUGAAGCAGCACCCGCCAGUCCACCCAAGGCAGGGAAUCAGGAACUUUCGAGAGAGGGCGAGGCAGACAGCCACAAAGUACAGGUCACAUGAUGCUUUCAACUCUCACAUCAACUAUUUCUAAAGGCCAAUAAGGAAAUCAGUGGGGUUCUAAUGAGUGUUUUUGUAGGUUCAUGGUACAGAAGAAAGAUUAAACUACCACCAGGGCCAUAAAAUUACCCUAGAAAUGCCCAAACUCCUUCGAAAGCCUUGUCAAAUGUGUGCGAUUGGUCGCCGAAAUGUUUAAAACUACGGCCACAAAACUCUUCUCCUUCUCUGGCUCUCUCGUCCUCUGCCAUCACAUCAAGGCCAGUGACUCGGGACCUGCUGCUGCCAUCUCAACAUGAGUCUUAUUCUAUGCUUGUUUCAGUGUCACUUUUUUUUGUACACUACCUUGGGCUCUUUCUGUACCAUGCUAGAAAACAUUAACACAGGCUGAGUCCUCCUAGACAUUGGGUUUUUUCACACUCAGAAGACAACAGAAAACAGCAUAUGAUGAAGGCUUGUGUCCCAGUGGCUGGCUCUUCCCAGCGCCUCGUGCCGUGGGAGGAACGAGCCGCUCGCUGCCUCCACCACUCCCGGACGGCCAGGCAGUCGUCUAUCAUAAUAAUGUUGUUGAUUCUCAGGUUGUAUCUUCGCUUCCUUACCACCGUAACUAUCAGACAUUCCAGCACUGUCAUGCCAACACCAAUGUCGCUGCAGAACUGGAUGCACAUACUCUCUUCAGUAUAAAAAAAAAUAUACACACACACACACACACACACACACACAUUCACAAGUGAGGGAGACAGAGAUGUCCUCUACAUAAAGUGGCUUAUAGGAUUGCUAAUGUUUAUCUAAAUUUUUACUUAAAGGCUACGUAGCAUAUGUAUGUACAUAGAAAAAUAAAGAGAUGGUCUGUUUUAAUUUUUUGUGAUGGACCACUUAUUGUUAUUAUUGUAUUAUGGUCAUUAUUACUAUUAUUAUCUUUGAAGGCUGUGAUAGAAAGCUACUGCUGCCCCCCCACCACCACCACCACCAGCUGCCCCGCCACCACAGCCUCCCCCUGCACCACCAGGACAAGUGUGCGGUGGCCACUCAGUGCCAUCACAUUAGGGAAGACCUUGGCACAACACUGGCACUGUGCAAGGAGACAACACAGCUGUUGUUCAUACACUCAUCAACAGACCUUCACUCACUCACUCUGCCAAUAUGUUCUGUACAUAAAAAUGGAGGUGUAAAUUGCAGACACAUAAUCCUGCUUGCUGAAUGUUCAAACAGCUAAGUGUCAUGACUUACUGGUGUUCCCUUUAUGUAGCUCUCUUUAGUUGGCACUUUGGUUCACCCUCUGGGCAUGGUUGUACUGCUGAGGGUGCCAAGGGCACCCAAACCCAAACUGCUGGUUUGUAUGUGACAGCAGUGGCACUCCCCUGUGGCACCAUCAGACAGUACUGGCCCUGCCGCCUCUGCUUCCCACAUGGCCGCCCCGCUGGUGCCUGGGCCGAGGCAAGCUUUGUGGCUGAUCAGUCAGACAUCUGCAAAUCUUUGGCAUCCAGGAUUUCACUCUGUAGUUUGUGUUAUGUUCCGUGUUAGCAAAGUUUAUUUCUCUUACAUUCCUACUGCCACAGCCUCUUAGGCCAAGCUCUUGUGAUUCCUCAAACUGUUUCCCCUUGGUGAUGAUUUCCUCGUGGUGGUGGACGAGAGGAGCCACGGCGCAGUGGGCCAAGUGCCCGCCCCGGCACCAGCGAGCGUUCCUCACGGGCUUGUUAGAGUUUUGCCGCGGCCUCGGCUGACCAAAGGUGCUUGCCGUGUAGCAGAUGAUAGAGAUUUUGUUCCUCGGUAAUGUUGUCUCUCGUUGGGUUUGCCGCAUGAGUGAAGACAGAGAGAGAGAGCUGGCAGGCGGCAGCUACACCCCCAGACUGUGCUAUGACGACUGAGGUAAACAUUUACGUUGUUGUUUAUGACAGCAACAAAAUCUGGCCAUGUACUGUUCUGAUGUCUGCUGUUGUACACUUACUGUAAAUAGCUACCUUGUCAGUGGCAUGAAGAGUAACUGUUUUGAAGGAUAUACAAGCUAUAAUUUCAUAUGUUUACUGAGAAAAAAUAUGAGUAGAUAGAGUAAUAAGUAUUGUAAAUGUGUAUACUGUAGGUGUAUUUUAAAGCCAUAUAAUCAAUAAAGAUAUGUUAUAGU